UAUGUUUUAGCUCUAUCUUAUCCUCCAACUCCCCAGUUUUCAUCUUUUCCUUUAUAAUCCCAUUACAACUUCAAAAGAGCUACAUUAGUAUAUUCCUUAUCCUCCAAUACCCACCAAUUCAAAAAGUAUAUAUAUAUAUAUAUAUAAACUGUAAGAAACUUCCAAGAAACCCACUUCAUCUUCAUCUUUGAAGCAUUGGGUGAUUUGGGUCAUGGCUGAAAACCUAAAAAUCACAGUUGAAAAGAAUCCCUCAGAGUCCAAACUCAAUGAAUUAAACAUCAAGUGCUGGCCCAAAUGGGGUUGCUCUCCAGGAAGAUAUCAGCUAAAAUUUGAUGCAGAAGAGACAUGUUAUCUGUUGAAAGGGAAGGUGAAAGUAUACCCAAAAGGUUCAUCAGAAACUGUUGAGUUUGGUGCAGGAGAUCUUGUCACCAUCCCUAAAGGACUCAGUUGCACUUGGGAUGUUUCUGUUGCGGUUGAUAAAUACUACAAAUUUGAGUCUUCUUCAUCUUCAUCACCAUCACAGCCACCACCUUCUACUUCUUCUUCUUCAUAGCUACUUGCUGGCAGUAGUGUUCUGAUUUUUAUCAUCAAUCUUGAUUUAAUUUCUCUGUUGAUCGUAAUAUCUAUAUUAUAUUCUUUGCAACUUGAUUACAGAAGCGUCA